CAAGACAGCUCCUGUCUUGGGGGGUCGCCCCUUCCCUGUUCCCAAGCCCCUCCGCCCCACACUCACCAUCCCCCAGCUAUCUCCCCACUACCCCCAACAUUUUCUGCCCCAGCGACCCCCAAGCCCUGUCCCUCCCAGCUCAGCUUGGCCCCAGGAGAGUGCUCAGGCCUCAGCCCCGUGCACCCUGGCCCGAGUCGUGGCUGCUCUGAGCUGCUCCGGCCCCUUUCCUGGUCACCACAAGCUGCCGACGGCCCUGCGAAAGGGCUAGAAGAAAGUCCCAGCCGAGUGGCGGGGAGACACACCCCACACCGGCUGUCACACAUUUCUGUGCCAGCUUCUUCCUUCUGGGCAGCUGUAGCCACGGCUCCUUCGGCUACGCUGGCAGGGAUCCCAGGAGGGGCCCCGACGGAUCGGUCCAGCUGCAGGACAGCUCAGCGGCCCCGACCCCCUGCGCCGAGACCAGGGCUGGGGCAGCGGGACGGGCCUGGCCCCGAUUCUAGAUGCCAGACCCCGGGGAUCUGAUCCAGAUUUUCGGCCCCUUGUUUGAGCACUGGGCCCUGUACGUGGGUGACAGCUACGUCGUCCACCUGUCGCCGCUCGACGAGAAUGGAUGGCUCAGCUCCUCCCGGCUCACGUCGGGCUCGGCGGGCUGGGCCGUGGUGAAGAAGCAGCGCCUCUGCGACGUGGUCAGGGGUGACAGGUACCGCGUGAACAACAAGGACGACCGGAGGCGCAGCCCGCGGCCCGUGGGCGAGAUCCUGGCUGAGGCGGAGGCCGAGGUGGGCAAGAAGCUGUGGUACAGCCUCCUCUUCCAGAACUGCGAGCACUUUGUCACCAAGCUGCGCUACGGCCGGCGCGUCAGCCACCAGGUGCGGGACGCGGUGACCUCCGUGGCGCUCACACUGCUGAUCUUCAUCUCACCGUACUUGUUCCUGGCAGCGGCAGCCGCCCGCGUGAGCUAUGUGCUGCAGCGGGAGUCCUAACAGCCCCCAGCCUGGCGGGACGAAGGUCAGCCGGGCCCGGGGCCGCGUGUGCCCCGUAGCACGCGCUUGUGCUUGCUUCUUGCACCAAUAAACCGCUUGG